AUGGACUCCUCUACCCUAGAGGCCCCAACUCUCCCAGGGAACCGUUUGAUCGCCUACAUCCGAUCCUUGGCUGAAGCCAAAAAGGGAUUGCCCUAUGGACUACCCGUUUGUGUGGCUCCGUCUCACACCGUCACUUGCACGGACGCGCUUCUUCGUCUAGCAUCGCUUGUUGGCCCAUAUAUUAGUAUCCUUCAGGUCCAUGCGGAUGUCAUCGACGACUGGUCCGAGGACACAAUCCGCCAGUUGACUUUACUGGCCAAGAAGUAUGCGUUUCUGAUCUGGGAAGGUGGUCGAAUUUUGAACUCCACUAUCGGUGUUGUUGGUCGACAAAAAGCCGAGUCCAGAGAGGUGAGAAAUACGUUAGUUGAUUUGAUCCGCAAGAAAUACACCAAGGGCGUGGUGAAACCUGCCUCGUGGGCAAACGUUUCAACCGCCUGGGCCUCCGGUAUACCAAUCGAUAAUCAAGCGGCAGACAUCUUGAUUCCGACUUUAAAGGCUGCCGCGAGAGAGGCUGUCGCAGAUGCGGUCCAGACCAUCAGGACGGAGAUUACUGCGGACAGUAUUUCCGACCGCCCAUUACACGCGCACAGCUCGUCAAUGGUUGAACCAAACGGGAUCCCGAACCACCAACGUCUACCGUCAAAUUAUGCGAUAGAGCAAAGCGGUAGCAAUAGCCUGGAACUCCCCCCCAGGAAAGCCUCCACCAUUUCCCUCACCCAGACAAUAACCCAGCACACCGAGGACUCGAGCGAUGCACUGAAUGAAACCGAAGCAGAAGAAGUUUGGGACUUUGGCGCCGCACCGCCUCCCGCAACGGACGCCGAGCUUCCUUCGCCCCCGUCCCUGGCGCGUGGUGUUGUCCUCUGCCUUCCAUCAGUCACAGACACCGUAUUCAACCCCGAGUACCGCAAGAGCUGCAUGGCAGCGGCAUACGCCAACCAGGAUUUCGUAUUAGGCUUUGUAUGUGGCGAGCCAUGGCAUAUUGUUUCCCAAAAUGACGAAGAAAUCCUGGACAUCGAUGCAUUGAUGGGUACUUCAACAACGCCGAAUGAACAACACCAGCGUUCUCACAGCCUAGACGAGGCGCAUUAUACUCCACCUCAAUCCGCCGCGCUAUUCUCGCUUAUCCCGCAUAAGCUUAGCUCGCUAAAUGAGCAACAACUGGGUGAAACGCCAUCCGAAGCCUCAGAUCCGCCUCCAGAUGACCUAAACCCUCUUGCAUAUAGACUAUAUUCACUUGUUCGACAAGCCGUGCGGGCUCGCGACGCUGUUGCUAGCCAACAGGCUGCAGCAACCCCACAAAAAGGGUCGAAGACAAAUCGUCGACCUAAUAUCAUACAUAUCCCUGUUGUGUCGCUGCCUUGA